AUGGGAGCCAAAAAAAUGAAGGCAGACCCAAUGGCAAUACCAAAAGGCUACACAGUGGUGAAUGGACCCGACAAGAAAACCCAAUAUAUUGUGCCCGACUUCGUACUUCUUUCCUUGGAGCAAAAGCUUGCUGGAGAUCGCGCAAAGUCGUCAAUCAAGGUGCCCAGCGGGUUGUGGCUGUACCCUCAAGCUAAAGCUUUGCCAACAUAUGUCACUUUCGGCGGAAUGCUGCAUACCCCCUCUGACCCUCCUCUUAGCUCUCAGGAGCUGUUGAUUCUUCAUGGCAAAGUUCAAGGUUUACAACAACAGCUUGGUAUCUGUUACCGAAACGCCAGUCACAGGCUCUACAUGGCAGAAAUGGAAAAAUUAAUUGCGGCGGAUGCGAUGCAAAAGGCAAUGGAACGUCUUGACAGGAAGAUUUCAAAAUCUCUAAAGGGGCUUGCAGACAGGCACAAUGUAGAUAGCAAGGCUGCCGCACUUGAUAAUUACACCGGAAUCUCUGGUAGUCAUGCACUAUUUUGCCCGUUGGAAUUGAUUGCUAAAGCCCAUUUCUAUUCGGUGUUGGAGCGUGGGGAGGUGGUAGAGGUUGUUCCCCUGGUUUGUACUGUGCUAAAUCAUGAAGAUGUAUCCAUCUGUACUGGAUUUCGUCCUGAAGAUCCGUCAACUCCUGAGAUUGGAACAUGGACCCUAGUCAUUGUUGGUUGGGAUCCAGGCAUCUUUUCUUUGGUGUAUCGCCCCCAAGGCAGCAUUGUGCAUCUCAACAUCCAAGGAAUUUGUGGUUCCCAAACCAAAGCCCUCCCAACUAGGACUGAUGCUGUUAACAAGUUUCUACAGCUUGUGGAUGCUGGUGAGGUGGUUAGGGUCUCCAGUGACAGCAAUUUGCGCAUUGCGCAUACACCUGAGAUGUAUCUUGAGCUUUGUAGAUACUGCCAGAACAUGUAA